AUGAGGCGUCUGAUUCUCGAGCGUCCCUCCCCGGCGGCGAGGGCGUCGCGGCGCAGGCGCGAGCGCGGGGCGGGCCGUCGCGGCGCGGCGCCACCGCCGCUGCCGCCGCCGGUUCAGUGCGGGGCCCGCGUGUCCCGGCGUGUGGUCGUGCUGCGGGAACGCCAGCGCCGUGCGGGAGCGAGAGCGGCGGCGGCGGGAGUGCGUGCGCCAUGCGCGCGCCGCAGCGGUGCCAGCGGCGGCCGCGUCGCCCGCAUGUUGCUGCUGGCCCGUGCUGCCCUGGCGUGCUCUGCGGGCGGCCGGCGCGCUCGACCUCAAAGGGCGCGUGAGAAGCGAUCGAUGAAUUUCACCCCGAUUCAGCCUACGGGCCGCACAAGUAGAAAAAACGGAGCGAUAGCGUAUCGGCGGCGGCAGAGUUGCAAAAACGAGCAGACGCGAUGCGGCAUCUUGGGCGCAGGGCGGCCGUCCCGCGGCAGGAAGGAAUGGGAUCGUUUAUCACGAGCCAAAAGCGACGGCCGUUUCUCUGGGCAAGGCUUCCCCGAGGACUGUGCUUUCGGGACGGGAGCAAGGCGCGAGCAGCAGAAAAAAAUGUUGAUGGAGGGCUGCCUUGGCUCUAAGACGCGCGGGUUCGAAUCCUGCCACGGUCAUGGAUGUGUGUGUGUGUGUGUGUGUGUUCCGCCCGGGGACACGGUGAUGCUCACUCAGCAUGUACCGACUCAGCGCUUCGCUCCGGUGGAAUCUCGUGUUCCCGCGCCCAUACGACCGCGUCCCGCCCAUUACGGCUUAUUCGGCGGACGACAUAGCCGUUUGCGGGCGGCAUUCGGGCGAGCAGAGGCGCGGCGCCCCGCGGGAGGAGGUCAGGCCGUUUGCCGCGCGCCCUCGCGCUGUCCACCCGCCCACCCGCGCCCCGCUGCCGUCUUUUACGGGCUCCGCCGAACGUGCUCCCGCGCCGCGCUUCCGCCCAGCCACGCCGCGCCGCACACUGGCCCGAAGGGGAGACAACAGGCGCGCACAAGGGGCCGCCUGUGUGAUAAGGGAAUCCCGAAACCGAAUGUCGCAUCUCGGGAGAGGAACACUGCUACGUUCGGGAUUAAAGACCGUAGGAGGUGGAAUCUCAUCUGGCACUUGGCUUCGGUGACGAUUCGGUCAUCAUGUUGUGGCCUUCUUCUGAGCUCUGCUGCUGAGCAGCUCAAGCGACUAAUUGCAUGCCCGCCACCUCCUGACGGUAACAACUAA